AGGGCAUUUCAAGGUGGGUGGGAGGGAGGAGGCCUCUUCGAUCUCAGUACAAUGGAUUUGGAUCAGAAAGGCAACUUAUCAAAAGCAGGAGAGCAAAAAGAAGGUGAUGAAAAGUUCCAUGUGCAGGUCACAGAAUGUGGAAAUAAUACUGUUAACAAAUACGGGUGCUGGCGACCUAUUGAUGGUACUCUGUUCAAGUUAGGCUACAAGUUCAACACCACCGGACAAUUGUGUGAUCGAGUUAGUAAUAAAGAUUCUUUCUAA